AUGUCAAAUCUCCCUCAGCUUAAUGACACAUCUGCUCGACCAAAUCCUGAACCUGAAAUACCUCUUGUCAUGACAAUUAAAGAGUAUUUUGCAAAAAAAGACUACAAAUUUUACCUAGCGGCAACGGCUACUGUAAUUUUUGCUGGUGUCGGUCUCUAUUUAUUGACCUCCAAAUCACCAAAACCUAAAACGCACCGCUCGAAGAAGAGCAGGUCUUCGAGGCAAGCAGGGACAAAUGAAUCAGGCUCUCAUAAAGGCAAGGAUUAUCUUAAAAAAAAAUUGACACGGAGUGUUAAAAGCAGAGAUGAAGCUGAAGUCGAAGAAUUCGAAAGAUAUAGUAUCGAACAAAUCAAUGCUUUGCCCAAAGAGAGACGCGAUACAGCAUCACAACAACUCAAAAACAGAGGGAACGUCGCGUAUGGCCAGAGCAACUACGAAAAAGCAAUAAAACUGUACACGCAAGCAAUUGCAUUCAACCAAGAUCCGGUCUUUUACAGCAACAGAGCAGCAUGCUAUUAUAAUACAGAUCAAUUUUCAAAAGCAAUUGAAGAUUGCAACAGUGCGUUGCAGAUGAAUCCUUAUUAUGUUAAAGCGAUAAAUAGGCGUGCAAUGGCAUAUGAAAGAACAUCGCGUUUCGAGGAGUCUCUGCAUGACUACACAGCUGCCUGCAUUAUUGGCGAUUUUAGAAACGAUAGUGCAACCGCUUCAAUCGACCGUCUCCUGAAAAAAGUUGCCAGCAUCAAGGCGCAGGAAAUCAUCAAGAAUAGAAUAAAGCGGUUACCAUCAGCGAAAUUUAUUUCCUCGUAUCUGGAUUCAUAUCGAAAGGAAAUUACGGACCAUGAUGAUGACGUCACCGAGGAACUAGAGAGCUCAAAUUUAGAAAAAAAUGCCGAUGAUUACUUUAAAUUAGCCGAGAAAUUAGUGCGACAACAGCAAUACGAGGAAGCAAUGAAGAUGUACGAGAAGGCUAUAGAGCUUGGAUGUACUAAUAUGCCAAGAGCUCUUAAUAUGCAUGGAACAUUUACUUAUCUGAUGGGCGAUUCUAAGAAUGCCUUGGAUGAUUUUCAAAAGGCACUCGAAUUAAAGCCAGAUUAUACACAACUUUAUAUCAAACGUGCCACCGUUUACAUGGAACAAGGCAAUAUGAAUGAUGCAUGGAAAGAGUUUGACGAAGCCGUUAAGAUAAAUCCUAACGAUCCCGAUAUUUAUUAUCACAGGGGUCAAGUUCAUUUCCUUAGCGCCAGUUUUGAUAUGGCAGUCAAAGAAUAUCAACGUAGAAUUGAGCUAGAUCCCGAUUUCAUUUUUGCUCAUAUUCAGCUUGCUAUUGCCCAAUAUAAAAGUGGAUUUAUUGCAGAAGGAAUGAAAACUUUUACGCAAGGACUGCAAAAAUUUUCACAGUCUGCUGAAAUGCAUAAUUACUAUGGAGAGCUUUUAGCUGAUCAGAAGCUCGUUGACGAAGCGAUGGAACAAUUCGACAAGGCUAUCGAGUUACAAAAAGGAAAUUUUGCAUUGCCAUUUGUUAACAAAGCAAUGCUCUGUUUCCAUGUGAAAAAUGAUCCGGCUCAAGCUGAAGAAUUUUGUCGUCGUGCCUUGGAAAUCGAACCUGAAAGUGAUAUUGCCAACACAAUUAUGAGUGAGAUACUACUUGCUAGAGGAAAUUUGGAAUCUGCAUUACAAUACCUUGAAAAAUAUCAAGAGGUAGCGCGUACUGAGGCUGAACUUCAAGGGAUCUUGGAAUACGCGGAAGCCGCACGAUCUCACAUUGCAUUCAAAAGAAGUUAUCCUCAAUUGGCUGACCGUUUAGUCCUCUCAAAUCGAUAA